AUGCCUUUACCUGGAUGCUCCUGCACCAGUAGCGUAGCGGCGACAGUGCUGAUCGCCUUGCUGCUGCUGCCGGUGGAGUUCUUUGUCCCAGACCUCACACCGAAAUUGCCACCAACGGCGCUGCCGCAAAACACGAUCUUCGUACCGGGCACAAAUACUUGGUUUUUCCUUGAUUUUCCGCCCCUCGAUAUAUUUUUAACGUUGGUUCUUAUCGUGUGGGCGACCACGACCUACCUCUGCGCUUGGAUACAAAGGAAGAUAAUGGAAAGACGAAUAUUAAAGCUAAGGGCGUCAUUGCAAGACUGUGUGAAGCGCGCGCGAGGAUUAGAGGCGCAACAGGAGCAGACAGAGACCAGCAUCAGGCUCGCGCGUGCAGCGGCCGCGGAGUACGGGCUGUUGAUGCAUUUACUGCUGGCGCGACGACGCCCUUCAUCGCAAUUACGCACCUAA